CUUCAUGGGAUAUUUUGGUGGAUCCUUACUCAAAAAUGUUUUAUUAUGCUAUAUAAAUAUUACUCUUGUAAUCCUGGUGACAUUAACUCCAUAUGCUCAGGCUAGAUUGGGACAUGCACUGUAUGAGUAGGGCUGUAUACAUGCUACAUAACUGGGAUGAUCUUGGCUAAGAUAAAGGGAUAGACUUGGAUGUUUUAAACACAGGGCUAAGAGGGAAAAGAAGAGGAGACUCUGAGUGUCUUGUCGUAAUGGAGCGGUGGUCACUCAUGCUCACUGUCAUUAUAUUGUCUAUGGGAUAUCCAGAUAUAGCCAAGCACAGUGCUUGGUUACCUAAGGCAGUUGUAAGACACUGAACAGAGUGGCAUUGUAUACAAGUAACUUCUGCCCCAGAUGGAGACCCUGGACCCCCUCUUGGAGAUUGUGUGUGUGUGGGGGAUGGGGGGUGUCCCAGUGUUUCAGAUACCCCAUGUAUGCAAACUUUUGCCUUAUACUUUAACUUGGCCCUUGUAGAACUAAAAUAAACCAAGCAGCUAAUGCCUGUAUUUUAUAUACUUUGUAUAUAUUAGAACUAAUUUAGAUGUUUUAUUAGGAAGAAACAUUUCUCAUGUCUGACAAGAGAAUGUGUCACUAAAAGUACCUAUAUAGUACAAGGCAAUGUAUAUUAUUUUUCCACUAUUUUAUUCAAGUUUAAAUCUCAUAAUAAAGAUUUUUUUUUUCUAGAAGGCUCUACACGCUGCAAUUGAUUCAGUAUAUGAAUACAGACAAAAGGUAAGCCCCCUCAUGCUGAUUUCUUUUCCUUUUUACAAAGUCAGGGACAAUACCUUCCUACUAUUCCCAAGUCUACAGGUUGCAUUAUAUUAAGGAAUAUCUCCCGCCCCCUAGUCUUUUGGAAAUGAAAGGUAUGGAUAGCCGCAUCUCACAAUUUUCUAAUCAUCUAAAUCAAAAGCUGAGAGAAGGAGGAGGAGGAGGAAUAAAAGCAGAGGGAGGAUGACUUGGAGGCAGUGUGGAGCGCAGUUACUAGCAUCCUUUUCCACGCCUGUGUGAGUUUCAGUCUUUGUGCAAGCAGUGUCUCCUUUCAGCAAACCAUGCAGCCUCCCCUAUAACACUGUGCAAUGAGGGUGCUGCGCCUCUGCCCUCCAAGCAGCCUGCUCCAGGGGCUUGUGGCUUUGCUGGCUAUCUGCAUACAGCCUCCAACCCUAGGAUGGAAUCAACAGGGUCACACUGAAGAGGAUGUCUUCUUACUCCCUAUUAACUCCUCUAGCAGAUCCUUGGCCAACCUGGGCUUUAAUCUGCAAACUGAGAAGAGCACCACUGUUGAGAGUGUCCGAGAACUAAAGGCUACCCAAGCAGGACAUGCCAAGAGUCUAUCCUCUUCCUCUCCUCCUCCUGUAUCCUCUUCUAGCAGCACAUGGGAUAACAGCAGAGAGACUUUGAUAGUGUCUCCUCAUGUACAUGCCUCCAGUUCUCAGCAGGUGUCAUCUCACUGUAACAUCAGUGUGCACAGGCUGAUGCUCACGUCCCUUCUAGUCCGCUGGGGUCGCCAGCUGGGCUUCCAGUGUGACCUGUUGCUCUUUUCUACCAACAAUCAUGGUAGAGCCUUCUUCUCAGCUGCCUACAAUCGUGUUGUCUCCCCAGUUAUCAUUGAGCAUCUUGGGGUUUCUGGGGCCCAACAGGAAUUUCGUCUGUGUAUAGGGUGUGGAUGGUCUAGAAACAGAAGGAGUGGACACCUUAGGCAUCAACAUGCAUCUUCUUCUUCAUCAUCUACUUUCUCUUUUCUUUCAUCGUCCUCAACAGACCCUCGUAAUUCUUUACAAGGGGAAUCCCUGAAUUUCUGCUGCCUGGAUUUUAGUUUGGAAGAGCUAAGAGGGGAACAGGGCUGGAGAAUGAAUCGGAAGCCCAUUGAAUCUACUUUGGUGGCUUGUUUCAUGACUCUUGUUAUCAUUGUCUGGAGUGUUGCUGCCCUCAUCUGGCCAGUGCCUAUUAUAGCAGGUUUCUUGCCUAAUGGUAUGGAACAAAGAAGGACAAGCAGAAAAUAGCAACAUUGCACUUUAAGUGGCAUUCCAGUUUAUACAGUAGAUAUACUUCGUGUAAUGUGCUGUGGAAAACUUCCGUUCUUGGUCAGUUAUGUAUUACCUACAACAUGUAACUUAAUUCCCUUUAGAUAGUAGGUUGGGAAAAAAAUGACAGGUAUAAUCAAUUUUGUUGGUUGUGUUUUCAAGUGAAUGUAUGAACAUACAAUUUUUGAAUGUAGACCUUUAAAUACGCACACUAUAUCUCAAACUAAAGGGUUAACUGAAGCAGUGAUUGUAGAAUUGCAGAAAAUAUAUCAUUGCACUUUACUGUAC